CCCUUCCUCCUUCUUUUGCGCCGCUCCACGGGCAGAACAGCGAGAGAACGUGAUCGAUCGAAUUUCAAAAAAGGCACACACCUACCCCUGUGCUCCCGCGAUCACGAAAUUACUCAAAAUCUCCUGAUAACAUAUAUCGGGAGUUAGUGUUUCGUGCAUCCACCAUCCCGUGUGUGACCUAAGUAGACUACACCUCUACGCCCGCGAGGCAUCACCAGUGUAGAACCCUAUUCAAAAUGUCGAACCUCGCCGAUCCGGUCGCGUUCGCGAAGGACUUCAUCGCCGGUGGCGUGUCCGCCGCGGUCUCCAAGACCGCCGUGGCGCCCAUCGAGCGCGUCAAGCUGCUGCUCCAGGUCCAACACGUGAGCAAGCAGAUCACCGAGGACCAGCGCUACAAGGGCAUCGUCGACGCCUUCGUGCGCAUCCCCAAGGAGCAGGGCUUCAGCUCCUUCUGGCGCGGCAACCUCGCCAACGUCAUCAGGUACUUCCCCACGCAGGCGCUCAACUUCGCCUUCAAGGACAAGUACAAGCAGGUGUUCCUCGGCGGUGUGGACAAGAAGACCCAGUUCUGGCGCUGGUUCGCCGGUAACCUGGCCUCCGGCGGCGCCGCCGGCGCCACGUCCCUGUGCUUCGUGUACCCGCUCGACUUCGCGCGUACGCGCCUCGCCGCCGACGUGGGCAAGGGCGCCGGCCAGCGCGAGUUCUCCGGCCUCGGCAACUGCCUCAGCAAGAUCUUCAAGUCCGACGGCCUCGUGGGCCUGUACAGAGGCUUCGGCGUGUCGGUGCAGGGCAUCAUCAUCUACCGCGCCUCCUACUUCGGCUUCUACGACACGGCGCGCGGCAUGCUGCCCGACCCCAAGAACACGCCGAUCGUCAUCAGCUGGGCCAUCGCGCAGGUGGUCACCACCGUGGCCGGCAUCAUGUCCUACCCCUUCGACACGGUCCGCAGGCGCAUGAUGAUGCAGUCGGGCCGCGCCAAGGGCGACAUUCUCUACAAGAACACGCUGCACUGCUGGGCCACCAUUGCCAAGUCCGAAGGCCCCUCCGCCUUCUUCAAGGGCGCCUUCUCCAACGUGCUCCGAGGCACCGGCGGCGCCUUCGUGCUCGUCCUAUACGAAGAGAUCAAGAAGGUCCUGUAAAUCUACUCUUAAGAAUUGUUACCAUCUCUAUUGUGAUUCCGAUCACCGCAAACCGCUCCCUGAAAAUCAUGUAUUAUUAGAAGCGAAAAACGAACCUAGUAACUUAUUUUUAGUUAAAUAAAGUGUUAUACAUUGAUUCCAAUAUGUAUUGUUUUAUUAUGUAAAUGUCGAGUGUUACAUAAGCUUGCUCCGCCUCGCCUCGCUCAGUUUGCCUUGAUAGCGAGUCUAGACUUUGGAAUCACAUAAUUUGUACUAUAAUUUGAUUCAGAGCGACCACUUUCAGAGCCGGUGACAUUAUGUAACGGCCUCAUUUCAUUCCACCCAUUGAGGGCAAGGCCGAGAUCUAUUUCCAGUGUUGUGUUGUGAGUGAGUGUAGCAAUAUAUUAUUGUAUCUCCACGCGAACACUGAGUGAGUGCGUCCUUGUACUUUGGAAGUGUAUUUUAACAGUGUUAUGUAAUGCUAACAUUAUCUGCUGUGAUUUGUUUUAAAUCAUGUGAUUCUCGAGCUGUUAUGUAACGGUAGUGUCUGCAGUGUGAAUGCUAGGGACGACUAUAUUCGUCGCGUUCCGAACGCGAGACAGCACUCUGUACGUAGGUAACAUUCAGUCCAAGCUGUAGGUCAGUUGUCGAAAACAUCUCGAUUUUAAGAACAAUCUUGUUUCCUCGGCGUGAGUUUUUUGUGAGAAAAAUUCAUGCGUAAAUACGAGUGAUUAUAAUAUAGAUAAUGUUAAAAAUGA